UGUCCAGAAAGGCGGGGAAGCUGCUUUCUUUUCCGACUCUGCUUAGGGUAGAUCUCCUGCUCAGAUCCUGAAGCUCUUGAGCUUUUCUGGGAAAAGUGUGGGUAGGGAACAGCCAGCACUUGGUGCUGGCGGAGUCUUGAAUGGCUUUGGCUUGGCUGGAGAAAGACUAGGGCGAGAGACAUGCCCUGACAAAGAUCUACUUUGAGGCAGGAGAGGGCUUCCCUCCGAGGCUGUGUGGCACCGGUGGACUUGGCACUUUCAACAGGUGGUUCAGCUGGGGAAGUGCUUACAGGAUCACAGGGAAAUGUUCAUACCCAAGAGACUGAUAGCAUCUCCAAGGCAACCAUGUUGAGGAGGAAUGUUCGUGAGACGGAGACUAGCUGCCCAGAAGGAUUAUAUCGUGGGGGUGAAUUUUGCUGUCAACCAUGCCAGCCUGGUAAACGAAAACAUUUAGACUGUACAACCAGUGGUGGUAAACCAAUAUGCCUUCCCUGUGCAGAAGGGAAAGAGUACAUGGACAAGGAACAUUAUUCUGAUAAAUGCAGAAGAUGUGCACUGUGUGACGGAGGGCAUGGUUUAGAAGUGGAAACAAACUGUACCUGGACCCAGAAUACCAAGUGCAGGUGUAAACACAACUUCUAUUGCAAUGCUUCUGUCUGUGAACACUGUGACCCUUGCACCUCGUGUGAACAUGGAAUCCUUGAGGAGUGCACACGAACCAGCAAUACCAAAUGCAAGCAAAAAAGUUCCAAAUACCGUCUCCUAUGGUUGAUCAUCAUUCCUGUUUUGGGAGUAACUUUUGUGUUUAUAUAUAAAAAGUAUUGGAAAAGACGUCAGGAUGACCCUGAAUCUGGCAUCUCAAAUCCUGAAAACAAGCCAAUGAUUUUCCCAGACGUUGACUUGAGUAAAUACAUCCCGGAUAUUGCUGAACGCAUGGCAUUAGAUCAAGUUAGAAAAUUUGUUCGGGAGAAUGGGAUCCCUGAAACAAAGAUAGAUGAGAUCAGGAAUGACUAUUUCCAAAACACAGCUGAGCAGAAAAUCCAGAUGCUUCAGUGGUGGUAUCAAUCUCAUGGGAAGAAGGAUGCAUAUCACACUUUAAUUAAAGGCCUCAAAAAAAUCAACUGUUGUGCUCUUGCAGAGGAAAUUCAGACCAAGAUCCAGAAAGACAUUGAAAACUCAACUUCAGACAACAGAAAUGAAAAUGAAAGACAAAGACUUGAAUGAAAACUACUUCAGUUCCAGCUAUCAAGAGAGAGAGAGAGAGAGAGAGAGAGAGAGAGAGAGAGAGAGAGAGAGAGAGAGAGAGAGAGAGAGAGAGAGAAUCUUUUAAUCCAGUACUGUGGCUGGUAUCUAAGUCAGGAGCUUGCCAUGAGUUCAAAGCCUGACUGUACAACAUAGUGAGCUCUGGACUAGCCUGGAUCAUAGAGUAAGACCUUGUCUCAAAAAUAACAAAAGAAAAAAAGUACAAGGCAAAGAAGAACAUUUUUAAUAAUGGAAGUCUAUAAAUGUUGCUUGACUUCUUAUUGAGUGUGUUUUCUAUUUCCUCAGAUUUAUAGAGACAAUAUAUUUAUAAAAUUUGAAGAUUUCAUGAUUCUAUUUUGAGUAAUGUUGAUAUGUAUGUGGAGGAUGGACAGGCGCAAAAGUAACUGCAGUAGUAAUUUAUGUACCCAGAUAGAAAUCUACACAGAAGCAUAUAAACUUAACACCAUGCUCUCUAGCCAAGAGUGUAGUUAGUGUGUGCUAGGCCACCCCAUUCUACGGUCACAAAAGACAUGGCUAUAAAGUCUCCUACACAGUUUGUCCUAACCCAAACUCUAAAAUAACCCUAGAGAUUUUGCCAUAGAUAGAGAGUUGGCUAGCCAUCCUUUGAACAUAUACAUGCAAAGCUUGCACAUGCAUUUAAAUGAAGAAUUAAAUAAGGUUCUGUCUCAAAGAUAUUUUUUGUGCAGACAACUGGUGGAUUGUGAUGUAAUAUUUCUGAUCUAAAUGUGUGUGGAAAAUGUAGAAUAAAUCCGAAUGCUUGAAUAUAUUCUAUUUAUAUACCAUUUUAUUAUUCCAAAAUAAUUUGCUUAUUUCUCAGGUGUCAAAAGUGCUUUUGAAUAGGUGUGUAUCACUCCAGUCACACUACCUCUCGUUUUCUCUUUGUUGUUCAAUCUGAUACAGCCUUAUGCACUCCUAAACUUGGAAACAUUCCUAAAGAAAUAACGGUCCCCCACAAAGCUAGGACUGCCAUUGUAAUUCUAAUCUGUUUCAGUAGGAGGACUACAUUGCUUUUCUAGAGGGUAGCUGUAGGCCAUGUUAUGGACUCUUGCCUACCUCCAAUAGUGGGGACACAAUGAAAGCCCACUUUGUUGCCAUUUGGCAACUCCUGGUAUGUUCACUUCCCCUACAAAUGACAACUGAUGCCCAGAAAAGGUAAAAUGGCCAGAAGGUUCCAAGAAUUGCUUUUGUUCUUCUCUUCUGGUUUGAAACCGUUUCCUCCAUCUACUGCUAUGUUGUUGCUUUUACAUUUAAAGCUCUAUGAAAGAUGUAUUAAAUGUGAACUGAAAUCUGCAGUGUUUGUGUUUAUAGUCAUGUACUGUGAACUGAGGAGUUUUAGAAAUGGAAACAAAUACUUGCAGUUACCUAAAGGUCUUCCACUGAUGGGGGAUUCUUUACUUCUAUGUAUGGAAAUGUAUAAUAGAGGAAAUAAUUUUUUAAAUUAAAAUACCAUUUUGGCA